AUGGACGCUCUCUUAGCGGAGGUCCGAGACGGAAAUUCCGCUCUACAGGAAUGGGAGGGCGUACCUGGCCUUCACCUGCGCUUCGAUUUCCUGUCCGCGAAUGGCGCGGACCCCGCCCUGCUGCAUUCCUGGCGGCACGGGCACUCUCUCGGGGCGUCGCCUGUCGUCCCGAGGCAGGUGCGCAACCAUCCUUCCGUCACGUCCCAGCUCGCGUGGGCCGAACGCGAAUGGGACCGCCUGGCUGAGUCGGGGAAAGUUUCCUUCUUCCCGGCUGAUGCCCCUCCGCCCAAACACCUCAACGUCAACCCGUGCGGCUUAAUCCUGAAGCCGCGCCCCGGGGCGGACGCCGAGGCCGACGAAUCUGAGCGCUUCAAAGCGCGUUUAAUCGUCGAUUUGCGGCGGGGGGGCGUCAACGAGUGCUUGCCAAACGCCGACGUCGCGUACGGCACGCUGGAUCAGGCUGCGGCCCGCAUGUCCGCGGGUUCCUGGUUGUUCGUCCUCGACCUGCGCGAUUGUUUUUUUAAUUGGCGUGUUUCCGACGCCGACUCGUACGCCCUCGGCUUCUAUUCCCCUGGCAGACGCCAGUUCGGGAAAUACAAUUAUUUACCAUUCGGCCUCAGGCCCGCGCCUGGCAUCAACGACGCCAAUGUGAAGGAGAUUUUAAGAAUCCUCCGCUUACGUACCGAAGUUGACCUUUUAGACUUCGUUGACGACUUGUUAGGCGCGGCGCCGGAUGAACCCACGGCUUGGCAAAACCUGUGUCGAGCUGUCCGCUUCCUGUUGCGGUGUGGCAUCCCAAUCAGUGCCAAACCCAGCGGCAUCCGAGCACCUGCGCGCCGACAAACCUGGAUCGGCUGGGUGUUCGAUACCGUCGAAUGCAUUAUCACCGUGCCGCCUGAAAAGACUGACCGCUGUCGCGAAUUGUGCGCUGCCGUUCUCGAGGCAGACCAACACCGCACGCUCCGCAGCAAACACUUAGCAUCGGCAGUAGGUUUGGCUUCGCACAUCGCGGAGCUCCUUCCGCAGUUGCGGCGCCGGCUGCACCCUCUUUGGGCAGAUUUUAAUGCGUCGGGGGUGUAUUCGGCGUGGCGUGCCAGCCCCUUGGCCGACCCCCCGGUGACUCUCUCAGAUCUCAGUCGCGCGGCCCUGGCGCACAUCUGCUCGGCCUUAUGUACGCCCCCGGUGCGUUCCUUGCAUUGUGACGGCGGCCCUCUCAGCAUGUGGGGCCACAAAUCUCCCGAAUUCGCUGAUUGGGCGAACCUUGCCCGCAAAGGCGCAAUCCGGGUCGUGGAGUGCGACGCCUCCAAAAUGCACGGGUGGUCAUACCAUCUGUGUUGGGACAGCCGCGUUGUCGCCGAUACGUGGCCUGACAACUUCGAAUCCCGGGAGGCGCAGCCCAAUUCCUUGGAAAUCAAUUACAAGGAGUUGUGGGUUGCAGUUCAGUGCCUUCUCAGGGAGUCCUCUUGCUUAAAGGGUUGGCGAGUUUUGUUCAGGCUCGACAAUUCCGCUGCCGUGCAUUACGUUAAUGUGCGCUACGGGCGGAUACCUUCCCUCGAGUCUCUGGCGCAUCGUUUUGAAAGCGCCGAGCGGGCAGCUCAAUGUUGGGCUCUAGCGUUGCACAUCCCUGGCAAGAGCAACGUCAUUGCAGACGCGGGAUCCCGGUCACUGGACUUCGCGCGUUCCUGGCGCGAGGAUCAGUACAGGGACGCCGCACUUCGCAAGACCUUGUUUCAAGAGGUCGAAUCCAGAUGCGGCGUUCAGUUCACGCUGGACUUGUUCGCAGAUCGACUCGGCAUGACGGCUCUCACCCACGAGUGGCGUUUUCCAGAACUUUCCGCUUUCGAGGCCGAGCUGCGCGGCCACGCGGUGUGGGCACACCCACCGCGCGCGCUGCUCAAGGAGACUUUUCAAUUUUUGAAUGCCGCCAUUGCUGUCAACGCAGACCUGCGCGUUGUCAUCCUGUGCCCUGACGACCCGGGAGCCCCAUGGUUCCGUCCGUCGUUGCUAUCCAAGUGGCACAGAAUCAGAUCGUGGCCCGCCGGGUCCGACCUUUUCCGAUGGCCGUCCGAUCGCGGCUUGUCGAAAGGCCCAGCGUCGGAUCUUCCAUACAUCGUGCUUCAAAGCUGGCUUCCGAACCGCCGGAAGCGCAAGCGCUGA